AUGUUACUUGGUCAUAGCAAGGCUCGUGUGGAUGUUGCAGCUGCAUUAUCACAUUAUUGGUGUGAUCUUAAAGAUAAAGUUGCAGGAUUGGCGCUUGUGCAGAGUCUUUAUGGUGGAACCCCAAUUGCAUCUGAUAUCAUGCGUGAAAGCGAAAUGUUGAUAAAGAAACUAGAAGAAUCAUGGAACUCAUAUUUUCUUGAUGGUGCUAUCGAUGGUGCAAAAUAUGAAGAUGAAUGUCGAACAGUUCUUGGCACAUGGUCGUUUCCCGUCUUCACAUUAGACAAAUUGAUAGACAAGCUUCCAAAAUCCCUGCUGGCUAUUGCAACAGAUGAGGUUAAUAAGAAGCUUCUUCAUCUUUAUGCGUAUGAAAAUUUGAGAAAAGACAAGGUUUUCAUAUAG